AUGCCGGCCUCCGUUCACUCCGAGGAGGCUCACGAGAAUGACCAGUCCAUGAUGGAUGCCGAGGCCGAGGAGCCUAUCAACCCUAUCUUGCUGGAUGAGAAGCGUAUUAUUGUGUUGCCCGGCUCCUCCGACACUGCUGCGUCCUUCCAAUUUGAUGGUGAAGGUCACACCAUGGGCAAUGCGUUGCGGUAUGCCAUCAUGAAGAACCCUGCGGUCGAGUUCUGCGGUUACACCAUCCCUCACCCCUCUGACGCCAAAAUGCACGUUCGCAUUCAGACCAACGAUACCACAACCGCUCUCGAAGCGCUGGAGAAAGGAUUCAACGACUUGAUGGACCUGUGUGACGUCGUUACAGAGAAAUUCACCGCCGCGCGGGACCAGUUCAAGGAGGACUCUGUCAACCGGAUGGAGGGGUAG